AUGGCCGACCCUACCCGCUAUCACUACAUGGACUCGGCGACGGGGAGGCGCUCGCCUCCCCUGUACAACCCCGCCCGCUCUUCCAUGCCCGUCACCGGGGGAGGAUAUGGCUCACUCUACAGCGGGGACCUCCACGUCAUGUCGGCCUCUCACCACGAAGGGGUACCUCCCUCGUCCGACGUCUACCGCACCAGCGCCGUCCCCGUCACUUCCAACACCUACGCUGUGAGAAAAGAACCACUACCAAGGAGCACCAGUCUAAACGACGGCCACCGAGUUCACCGACCCCACGAUCAGGGCGCCAAGCGGCCCGUCAUUGUGACCACCAAACACCAUCAAACUACUUCGAGGUCGGGGAGCCCAUCGCGGGACACAUAUCGAUCGAGUGACGAAGGGGGGCCAUACUACACUGAGCCGGCCUCGUCCAUCCCCCGGAGCCGGGCGGUGGCGAGCCAUACUCCCGCCAGUGCCACCAUGGAUGAAGAAGAAUACCGCCGUCUGAAGGAUAGGACGCAUCUUGACAGGUUGGGAACCCAGGCUAGUCGUGGAACGGAUGCCCACCGCCCGCGACCGGCAUCGUUGUACGCGGGGCCGAGCCACCGCUCCACCAACUCUCACGAUUUCGAUGACCAGGGGUACGAGUAUUCGAAACCGAGCGACUUGGCAAGAUAUGAUCUCGACCACGAUCAGCGAAACAAAACCACCCGCCGUGAGACCCUUGACCGGUACUAUCGCCCAACCGUGAGCAUCAGCGAGGACCUGACUCGGCCCUUUGACCCAUCCGAGAAACGAGGACGCGGCCCGCCGCCCGCUACGAGGGGCCUCGAGAAGAUAGGUUGGGGCCAGACCGCUGGCGGCAUCUACGACGGUGCUGGUUCCCAUAUGCCUCUCCUACCAACCGCGCCCCCUGCGCCCGACGUCCGCCGCCCUAAGCUUCUCGAAGCCCCAGGCAGUCCCAGAGAGGAGCACCGCACUGGACCGCGCCCACUGCCCAUGAUUCAAGAUGUACCCAGCCGACCGAGUCACCACGAAGACCAAUACUACUACGACGACCCUCGCGAUCAAAACUACUUUCAGGAUGAUCGUGUCUCUACCCGAGGUUUUGGUAUCCUUGUUGACGCCAACGACGCAGAGGAACAUCGCCGUCCUGCUGGAAAGGUGUAUCACGAUGACCGUCGCCCCGUGGAUAAGCUAUACUACGAUGAACGUCGCGAGCGCCGAGAGCCCCGCAAACGUUACGAGGACCGCGAAGCGAGGCGACAUUCAGAUGAUGACUUAGAAAUCGUCAAGCGCAAGCACGACGAACGAGACCACAGAAGGUACCGGGACCGUGACGAGGACGUUGAGGAAGCCCUGCAACGCCGACACGAACGCGACCGCGAGCAUGAGAGGAGGGAGAGAAAGCCAGACAACGACGAACCCGCCAGCACGAGGGACAAGAUACGUGACAAGGCUGUUGCUGGUGUUGGUGCGGGCCUCGCUGCCGCUGCCGUCGGGCUAAAGUCUGCCAUGAAACAAAAGUCUGAGGACCAAGCCCCUUCCAAACACGCAGGGGAAGAUCGUGACCGCCCGAGACGUGAUGAAGGCGGGACUAGAGGAGAAGCCAGAGGGGAAGCCAGAGGGAAAUCAACCCGAGAGGACCUACUCGGUGACGAGGAGUUCGAGAUCGUUGAGCACCCAAGAGACGGCGAGAGGUCUCCACGCCCGCAGCCGAGACUCGAGAGUGAGGCACCAGACUCCCGAAAACGCGAUGAUUCCCCUGCCUCUCCAUCCCCUCGCGAUCGCUCCCCGUUGAGUGAUGAUGAAGGGGGGGCUCAACCUCGUCGACGACGACCCCAAUUAUUUGAUCCCAAUGACACCGCCGUACUUGCCGAUAUCAGGGAAAAGAUUCAGAGUCUUAAAACCUUGACUAAGGAUUACAAGGAGGCAAGUGACAGCGAAGAUGCUCCGCCACCAACCAAGCAGGAAUCGGCUGAGAAUAAGCCGGCUCCCGUCGAGAAACGGGAAGACGACCCCGAAAGCCCCGCGGCAGCGGCCCCGAGCAAGGACGAUGAGACACCGCCUGCCCCCCGGCCGCGGGAGGAGAAGCAAGUUCGCGUGGUUGCACCUCCCAAGGAGACCGACAAGAAGCCCAUCAAGGGCAUUCUCAAACAGCCGCGGGCCCAGUUUCCAGAGGAGCCAAAUCCCGUCCGCGAGGGCGUUGCACCGCACAAGGACGAUAAGAGCAAGAACGACGUACCACGCGGCGCACGGUGGACCAAGAUCAGCCGCAAGCUAGUGAACCCAGACGCGUUGAAGAUUGGCAAGGAGCGUUUUGAGGUCCGCGAUGACUUUGUCGUUGUUCUGCGUGUACUCAGCAAGCAGGAGAUCCAGGCCUACGCAGAAGCGACGGUGACGUUGAGAGGUAAGUUCUCGUAA